AUGUUGGUAUUAGCUUCACUGGGUAGCUGGCUACCAUUUGCCAUCGUUGGUUUGAUCAUUAUAUUCUUCUCAGUUUUAUUUACAUUACGUUAUCAACAGAAACGACAUCGAGAUUAUCUUGUAACUUUUAUUUGCUCAGUUUCAUUAAUUAUCGCAUUGCUGGCAGCAAGUUUAUUGCCAACGGAUGUUAUCUUCGUAUCGUUUAUGAAAUAUCCCAAUGGAACAUUUAAAGAAUGGACUGUUAAUCAAACGACACGAGAUCAUAUUCAAAAAUAUGUUGAAGUUGGUUAUUACGUUCUGUAUGGCUUGGUUAUCUUCUUGGCUUUUCUCGUCAAUCCCUUCCUUUUCUUCUACUACGAAGAAAAACAAGAAGAACAAAUACAGGAAGAACAACGACUAGCAACACGCAUACGAUCAGCAAUUCUAUGGACACUUGGAUUUCUAGUUUUUCUCAUUGUCUUGAUCAUUCUUGGUAUAUUCAUUCCUCAAUUGGCAACAUUACCAUCGGAUAAUUCGACAACGGAAUGGGAUCGUGUGAAGUAUCUAAUCGAUCAUUUUGAUAGUUCAAAAGUCGAAGAUUCCAUUUCAUUUGCAAUCUUUACCAUCAGUAUUAUUGGAUUCUUCCUUUUGACAGUCUAUACAGGUUAUGGUUCCAUUGCUUGUCCGUUAUCAUUGAUUCGUGGAAAACGAAGUGCACGUUUGCAACAAGCAAGUAUUGAAGAACAACGUCUUGAACUACAAAAUCAAAUUCGCGCAUUGAAAGCUCGAUAUCCACGUCAUGUGCCAAUGCCAGCUCGCGAAAAACGUAAAUUAAACGAGCUUGAACAACAAGACGCAGCUUUGUGUCGCAAUGAAGAAUCAAUUAUAAUUGUCCGUGAAAGUUUGUUCUUCAAAUGUCGUUAUAUCUAUCGACCAGUUCAAAUUAUCAUUGGGCUUCUUCUCUUUGCUAUCGCUGCGUUGAUAUUUAUCUCACUCCUAUUGAGUAAUAUCAAUAAAUGUUUACAUUUCGUCAGUUUCAAAGAAAUAUUCGCACAAGGAAAUCAAACAUUACCAAACCCAAUCGAUCGCGUUUUAACAUGGACAGGACAAUACUAUCCGAUCAGCUAUAUUUUUCUGACUGGUUUACUUGCAUACAUCAUCUUUACAUCUCUUUACGGUCUACAACAACUUGGUAUCUGGUACUUUUGGGUUCGAAUGUAUCGAUUUUCUCGGCGCCGAACAAAGCCACAAGCAAUAUUAAUGCUUUGCUCGUUAUUGAUGUUCAUUGUUGUGGCAAUCAAUGUAUUCGUUUACCUGCUUAUACCACAAUAUGCCAUCUAUGGAGAUCAGCAUUAUACAUCCAUCAAUACGAAUGGUACAAUCAUUGUUCAACCGUGUACACAGUUUGUUCGAACAGAUGACUGUCAAAUGACAGUAAUGGGUCGCAUCAUACUCCGAUUUUUCUAUAAAGUUUGGUUUUUCGGUGCAAUCUAUUUCUGUCUCAGCUGGUUAUAUCUGAUCAUAUUUUUGGGAAGUUUUGUAUUAAAAUUUUGCAGCACUCGCGAAUCCAAUAUUCAAGAAUAUACAGUUGAACGUUUAUUAGAAGGCGAUGACGACGAUGAUGAUGAACCAUUAAUUCAGUAA